AUGGCGCUUCCAAGUUCUGCAACCGACUGGACAAAAGAACACGUCAAAGAAUGGCUUACACAUAUAGGAUUCGGUUCUUAUGGCACCUUGCUGUGUGAUGUCCAUAAAAUUAAUGGAACAGCCCUACUAAUGCUUUCUGAAAAGGAUCUAAAAAGUCCACCUCUGAAUAUCGAGGUGUUAGGAGAUGUAAAAAAUCUAGCUGUCCAACUGUUCCUGCUAAGGAUGAGGCAUGAGGAGAAAAUCAAUAAAAUGGGGUUUCCAGUCAGUAGCAAAGCCCUCUUGGCCCUUCCUUUCCCUUCCAAAGAUGCUUAUGGAAUCCCAAAGAAACAACUGGCUGCCAUUAUUAAUGCAAAAAAAGAAAUGGACUUUUCAGGUGCAUUUAUACACCAAAAUGGAUGUCAUAGAGACAAAAGAGAAAACUCUCCUGAAUUUCUGGUUGAUGAGUUGAAUUUCUUUGUAAGUCCGGCCGAUGGAAAUCCAACAAGUCCAGGAAUGGCAACUCAUCUGGAACCAGAAAUGGGAAAACCUUUUUUAAGUAUCACUUACUUUGUCGUUGUAACCAUUAUUACUUCCCUCGUGAUGGUCACGGUACAUGACCGUGUUCCGGAUAUGAAAAAAUAUCCGCCCCUUCCCGAUAUUUUUUUAGACAACGUUCCUCUCAUUCCUUGGGCGUUCAAUAUGUGUGAAGUGUCAGGAUGCCUACUUCUAAUUACUUGGAUUCUUGUUCUUGUUUGCCACAAACACAGAAUCAUUUUGAUGCGUCGUUUUUUCGCCUUAACAGGCACUGUUUUUCUUUUACGAUGCGUCACUAUGAUGAUUACCUCACUAAGCGUUCCUGGUUCUCAUUUAGAGUGCGCCCCUAGGCCGUACGGAGACAUAUGGGCCAAACUAGAAAAAGCGCUUGAAAUAUGGCGAGGAUUCGGUAUGAGCGUUCAAGGGGUUCGCACAUGCGGAGACUACAUGUUUAGCGGCCACACAGUCACAUUGACUAUGCUCAACUUUUUCAUCACAGAAUACACACCUCGUAGGUUGUAUUUUCUGCACACUUUCUCUUGGAUUUUAAAUUUGUUUGGGGUUUUCUUCAUAUUGGCAGCAAGAGAGCAUUACUCAAUUGACGUAUUCGUUGCUUUCUACAUAACAUCACGCAUGUUUUUAUAUUACCAUACAUUGGCCAAUUCUCGCACGCUAAAGCAGCGAGACAGAUACCGAGCGCGGGUGUGGUUUCCUCUUUUCAGUUUCUUUGAAGCACGCAUUGAUGGAAUGGUUCCAAAUGAGUAUGAAAUGCCCUGGACAUAUCUUUCCCUGGCAUCACUGAACAGCUAUCGCCGUCGAUGGAAAAAGUUUUUACUUAAAGCAUGGAGACAUGUUGGAUUUGGUCAAACCCGAAAAUUCAAUGGUAACGUUUCUGACAAGGAAAAACCUGCCACUAACCAAAAGCGAUCAAAAAAGAAAAAUUAAUGCAAGAUCGCCGAACUGCAUUUUCUAUGCCUUUCAUUCACCAGAAAAGUAAUUAAGUGAGAUGUAUACUCUAUUUAGUUCCACAUUGGAUUCGCUAAGUGCGCUCGACUGCCCACGUUUUUGUUGUGACUUGAUGUCCAUUGCACACGUAAUCUAAUCAGUUCUUCCAAUGGCACAAAAACACCUGAUCCCAUCAUGUAUUAGUCACUUGCGUUAUCCUUUUCGUUUUAUUCGAUUUUCACGUUCUUGUACUUGUUUAUUACGAAUCCAGCAAAAAGUUCACACAAAAGUAUUUGAAUUACUUAUAAGAUUGCUGUCUUGUUAUGUCCAAUGAUGGUCUCUUGCCUCCAUGCAUAAAAUAUCCGUGUCUGUUCUA